CCCUCUCUGUAGAAGCGAAGAGAGAGGGAGGGUGUUUGUCUGCUCAGAAGAGAGCAUAUACUUUUCGGCAAAGGAAGAAUCUUUAAUUUCUCACUCACUUCUUUUCAAAAAAAUCCCAUUUCAAUUUUCUCUCCAAAACCCCUAAAUUUGAAUAAAUUGUGUCCUUUUUGUCCAUGAAAAUCAAAACUUUUGUAAGAAAGAAGAACCCAUUUAGCUUGUUUUAAUGCAAACAUCAUAUCGUUUCUUGUCUCGCCUUUAUCACUCACAAAAACGCAAUCCCUCCAUUUUAUGCAACAGGGACUUGUUGUUUUUAUUGACCCAUGAUAGUAAUGGCAAUACCACAGUUUUAGAACCCAAUUUCACCGCUCAAAAUCAAAGCUUUGCCUAUAGUUCUUAUACCCAGUCUUGUGGGUUUUUUGCCUCUAAGAGCUCAAAAAGGUUUGCUUUUUGGGGGUUGGUUUCUUUGUAUGGUAACCAGAAUGAUCAGAAUUCAAGUUAUAGCUACUUAGCUCAUCGUGGUUUUUUCACGAGAGCUAAACCAGUAAAGAGGAUAGAAAUAAGUGAUCAACAUAGUCAACGAGCAGUCACGACAGCAUUAUGGUGCAAUUUUCUUGUCUUUUCUCUCAAGUUUGGGGUUUGGUUUUCAACCAACAGUCAUGUUAUGUUGGCUGAAGUUGUGCAUUCAAUAGCAGAUUUUGCAAACCAGGCGCUUCUCGCUUAUGGUCUGAGUAGCUCUAGGCGUGCACCUGAUGCUCUUCAUCCUUAUGGUUACUCCAAGGAAAGAUUUGUUUGGUCCCUCAUAUCAGCCGUUGGUAUUUUUUGCCUUGGCUCUGGUGCUACAAUUGUUAAUGGAAUCCAGAAUUUAUGGACUGCACAUCCGCCAGGAAACAUUCAGUAUGCAGCUUUGGUCAUUGGUGGCUCAUUUAUCAUUGAAGGUGCUUCUCUUAUUGUUGCCAUACAAGCUGUUAAGAAAGGUGCAGCUGCAGAAGGAAUGACAGUUAGAGACUAUAUCUGGCGUGGUCAUGACCCCACAUCUGUUGCAGUCAUGACAGAGGAUGGUGCUGCGGUGACUGGACUUGCUAUUGCUGCAGCGUCAUUAGUUGCGGUCAAUACCACAGGGAAUGCAAUUUAUGAUCCUAUAGGGUCUAUUAUAGUUGGCAACUUGCUUGGGAUGGUAGCCAUAUUUCUUAUCCAGAGGAAUCGGCAUGCUUUGAUUGGUAGAGCAAUGGAUGACCAUGAUGUGGAGAAGGUCCUUCACUUCUUAAAAAAUGAUCCGGUUGUGGAUGCACUAUACGAUUGCAAAAGUGAGGUGAUUGGACCGGGAUUUUUCAGAUUUAAGGCAGAAAUAGAUUUCAAUGGAGUAGUGGUUGUGCAGAAUUAUCUGAGUAGGACUGGACGUGGAGAGUGGUCCAGACAGUUUCGCGAAGCUGCAAAGGAGAAGGAUGACGCUGCAUUGCUCAAGAUCAUGUCAAACUAUGGUGAGGAAGUGGUAACUGCUCUAGGAAGUGAAGUUGAUAGGCUUGAAAAGGAGAUUCAAGAGCUUGUUCCCGGUAUUCGGCACGUUGAUAUUGAGGCACACAAUCCAAGUGGCCCAAACCCAUGACCACAUUUUUUUUCAUUCAUGAGUGUUGUCUAUUAUUCCUUUCCUUUUCUUUUUCUUUUUUUUUUAUAUGCGGGGGAUGAUUGUAACAAGAGAAGUUAGAUGUUAGGCUUGCUGUGUAUUACACUGAGCCAGCCUACUCUGGCAAUGUUUAUAUCAAUAUUGCAAAUCCUUUAAAAUA